AUGCCCGUUAUUGCGAAGGAGACCUUCGGAUCUCCAGUCCCGUAUGCGGAGCCUAGCUGGUACAGCAAGGGCCACAGCAGCCCCUACUACUCACAGUCCCACGUUGAAUGGCGGGCCAGGUGCCGCAAGUUCGUAGAGGACGAGGUCAUGCCCAACGUCAGUGAGUGGGAGAAGGAGAAGGCCAUUCCCAUGGAGAUCUACGCAAAGUGCUACAGGGCUGGCCUCCUGCCCAGUUUGGUCGGCCCUAAGGGUUACGACUACGCUGAUCCUGUUGUUGCUGCCAAGCCACAAGGCUUCGACUACUUCCAUGAGCUCAUCUUCAUCGAUGAGCUUUGUAGGUGCGGCUCUGGUGGCGUCAUGUGGGGAAUGAUGGGCGGCCUCAACAUAGGCCUGCCUACUGUCUUGAACUUCGGGACCCCUGAGAUGAAGGCUCGAGUCGCUCCUCCAUGUGUCCGAGGAGAAAAGAACAUAUGUUUGUGUAUCACGGAGCCCCAUGCUGGGAGUGAUGUGGCCAGUAUUAGGACUACUGCUAAGCUGACCCCUGAUGGGAAGCAUUACAUUGUUAACGGCCAGAAAAAGUGGAUCACAAACGGCAUAUUCUCCGACUACUUCUCGGUUGCUGUCAGAACUGGGGGCCCGGGCAUGAAGGGCAUAUCUAUGCUGUUGGUGGAGAGGGGCAUGCCCGGCCUUAGGACCACCAGAAUGGACUGCCAAGGUGUGCUAUCUAGUGGCACUACCUUCGUUGAACUCGAUGAUGUGAAAGUCCCGGUGGAGAAUCUCAUCGGCAAGGAUAAUGAUGGUUUUAAGGUGAUCAUGUAUAACUUCAACCAUGAGCGCUGGGGACUUAUCAUUCAAGCGCUGCGGUUUUCAAGAAUUCUCUAUGAGCUUUCAUUCAAGUAUGCUCAGAAGAGAAAGACCUUUGGCAAGACCCUCAUGGAGCACCCGGUCAUUCGAUGGAAGUUGGCAGAGAUGUCCAGACAGAUCGAAGGGACGAGCCACUGGCUUGAAAGCGUCACUCACCAGAUGUCGACUAUGCCGUGGGUGGAGAGCAUGGAUGCGUUGGGAGGCACUAUAGCUCUGAUGAAGGCCCACAGCACUAAGGUGUUUGAGUACUGUGCUCGGGAGGCGGCUCAGAUCUUCGGUGGUAAUGCCUAUACGAGGAGUGGGCUUGGUGAGGUUGUGGAACGACUCUAUCGGGAUGUGCGUGGCUUGGCCAUUCCUGGUGGUUCGGAGGAGAUCUUGCUGGACCUCGGUAUAAGGCAGGCUGAUAGACAGUAUAAGAAGGCUACGAGCAGGCUAUGA